AUGGGUCGCGACACAAGAUCGCGUUCGCGGUCCGGGGGUUGCAGGAACCGAAAACAGUGGAGCCGGAGCGAGAGUAGGAGCCGGAGCAGAAGUCGGAGCGGGAGCCAUGGGCGACGAAACCGGCGGCGCCGGGACGACGAGGGGCGGCGCAGGCGGAGGCGGUGGAGCCGGGAGCGCAGGUCAGAUUCUGAGGAAAAACGAGGGCAGCGACGCUGGAGGAAAAGCCGGAGCCCGGCACCACGCUGGCACUCGCGGGACCCGUCUUCUCGGUCUGACUCGGGGGACGAGCAGCAGCGGGGCAGGGGGGCCCAGCGCCGGCGGACACGCUCCUGGUCCCCGGGCUCCUCGACAUCAAGCUCUGCGUCCCCAGACCGCUCCCCGAGCCCCCGGCAGGCGGCGGUGGCCCUGAGCCACCAGCAGAGCCUGCAGGAGCGACUGCGGCUGCGUGAGGAGCGGAAGCAGCAGGAGGAGCUGAUGAAGGCCUUUGAGACGCCCGAGGAGAAGCGGGCCCGGCGGCUGGCCAAGAAGGAGGCCAAGGAGAGGAAGAAGCGGGAGAAGAUGGGCUGGGGCGAGGAGUACAUGGGCUAUACCAACACCGACAACCCGUUCGGUGACAACAAUCUCCUGGGCACCUUCAUCUGGAACAAGGCCUUGGAGAAGAAGGGAAUUGGCCACCUGGAGGAGAAGGAGCUGAAGGAGCGGAACAAGAGGAUUCAGGAGGACAACCGGCUGGAGCUCCAAAAGGUGAAGCAGCUGCGUCUGGAACGGGAGCGGGAGAAGGCCAUGCGGGAGCAAGAACUGGAGAUGCUGCAGCGUGAGAAGGAGGCGGAGCACUUCAAGACGUGGGAGGAGCAGGAGGACAACUUCCACCUGCAGCAGGCCAAGCUGCGUUCUAAGAUCCGAAUCCGGGAUGGGCGAGCCAAGCCUAUCGACUUGCUGGCCAAGUACAUCAGUGCUGAGGACGACGACCUGGCCGUGGAGAUGCAUGAGCCCUACACCUUCCUCAACGGGCUCACCGUGGCCGACAUGGAGGACCUGCUGGAGGACAUCCAGGUGUACAUGGAGCUGGAGCAGGGCAAGAACGUGGACUUCUGGCGGGAUAUGACCAUCAUCACUGAGGAUGAGAUUUCCAAGCUGCGAAAGCUGGAGGCGUCAGGCAAGGGGCCAGGUGAGCGCCGCGAGGGCGUCAACGCCUCGGUCAGCUCGGACGUGCAGUCGGUCUUCAAGGGGAAGACGUACAGCCAGCUGCAGGUCAUCUUCCAGGGCAUCGAGGGCAAGAUCCGCGCUGGCGGCCCCAACCUGGACAUGGGCUACUGGGAGAGCUUGCUGCAGCAGCUCCGCGCACACAUGGCGCGCGCCAGCCUGGAGCCCGAGGAGCCAGCCCCAGCCCCCAGCCCACCUGGCCCCUCAGCAGAAGGCUGCCCCGGGGAGGCGGAGGGCACAGCGCCAGAGGCCGAGGGCGAGGCGGUGCUCAUGGAGGAGGACUUGGUCCAGCAGAGCCUGGACGACUACGACGCGGGGCGCUACAGCCCGCGGCUGCUCACCACCCACGAGCUGCCGCUGGACGCCCACGUGUUGGAGCCCGAUGAGGACCUGCAGCGUCUGCUGCUGUCGCGGCAACAGCUCCAGGUCACAGGUGAUGUCAGCGAGAGCGCCGAGGACAUCUUCUUCCGUCGGGCCAAGGAGGGCAUGGGGCAGGACGAGGCGCGGUUCAGCGUGGAGGUGCCGCUGACGGGCAAGGCCUACCUGUGGGCCGACAAGUACCGGCCGCGCAAGCCGCGCUUCUUCAACCGCGUGCACACGGGCUUCGAGUGGAACAAGUACAACCAGACGCACUACGACUUCGACAACCCGCCGCCCAAGAUCGUGCAGGGCUACAAGUUCAACAUCUUCUACCCCGACCUCAUCGACAAGCGCGCCACGCCCGAGUACUUCCUGGAGGCCUGCGCCGACAACAGGGACUUCGCCACCCUGCGCUUCCACGCGGGGCCGCCCUACGAGGACAUCGCCUUCAAGAUCGUCAGCCGCGAGUGGGAGUACUCUCACCGCCACGGCUUCCGCUGCCAGUUCGCCAACGGCAUCUUCCAGCUCUGGUUCCACUUCAAGCGCUACCGCUACCGGCGGUGACGGCCCCGGGGCCGCCGUCGGGGCCAGGGGCCCGGCUCCGGAGCCCGCCCGGGGCUGCUCUUCCCCUUGCUGGGCCUCGGUCUCCCCUUCUGUGAAAUGAGGUUGUCACCAGGCC